AUUGUGUAAACUCCCCAAACAGUUCAGAUGCUAAGAGCUUGCUCUAUGCAACACACCUAAUUUUUUCAGUGCCAUAUUCUUGCAUUUAUUUGAAUUUUGUUUUGUUUUGUUAUUUUAAUUUAUAUAUCUUAGUUUUAACUUUUACAGCUUUUGUUUUGUUUGUUACCCGAACAAGAUUUUUUUUAAACUCAGAAUGGACCAUCCAGGUUAUAAGCAAAAUCGGGUUGCCCUGGUUUGUCCUCGGUGCUUUAAAGUCGAUAAAAGCUUGACAACUCAUCUGCGGAGGACAUGCAUGAGAUUUAGCUCAUUGGAAGAGAUCCAUGAAGUUGCACAUACUGCUUGGCGUCGCUUGUGGGACAUUGCAGAGAAGGCUACCGUAUUUAAUCAUCGUGAGAUCCAGAAGCUUACCUCUCCUGCUGAAUUCUCUGCCUUUUUGGAAAGGAAAGGAUUUUUCAUAGUGAACAAACCCCGGGAAACUGCUGAACCUAUAGCAACACCAUCCACUUCUGCUGCUGCUUCAGCCCCGGAUCGAGUAGAACUGGCUCCAGAAACAGGAGCAACCCAUCGACUGUCCUGUCUAAGAAGUGAACCUAUGGAGGACACUACCAUGCUAAGGGAAACUGCUGAACCGAUAGCAAGACCAUCCACUUCUGCUGCUGCUUCAGCCCCAGAUCGGGAAGAAGAGGCACCAGAAACAGGAGCAACCCAUCCACUGUCCAGCCCUGUCCUGUUAAGAAGUGAACCUAUGGAGGACACUACCAUGCUAAGCUUUGUGACUUUAGAAGUGGUGCCUCCUGAACUUGCCAUAGAAAACUGUGAACUGAAAUUCCCAUCAGGGACAGACCUUUCCCAUGCUGUUCCGGCUGCAUCAGUUUCAGAAGAGGAGCAAGGAGCAGCAGAAAAUAUUGAAAUCACAGAGCAUGAACACAUGGACAUUGACAACCCAGAGGAAGAUCAAGGCUUAGAGAGGGCAGCGAAAAUGAAUUGGACUUCAGAAAUAAGGCUGAAAAUGAAGGAAGCUGGUCUGUACAAUCGGCAUCCGUCGUCGGCCCCACUCCUGAAAGCAUUCACAGAUUUUCUGACACAUACAUUGGGUGUCACUAGGUACAAACAGGAGGUGGAAAACUUGGCUAGGUUCCUUUAUUUUAUGAACCCACAAGAUGCUAACUUGGCAUUUGUGAAAGACAUCCAAAGGACCAAUGAGUUUUUCUUGAAGCUGCAAGAGAUUGUCUCGCACCAGACAGUGUUCACUUAUUUGAAGCAUGUGAGGCGAUUCGUAAAAUUCCAGAUCGACAACACCAACUUGUUUGCAACUGAUCUGUCCAUGCACAAUGCCUGCAACAACUUUAUGAAAGCCACGGAUGCCCUUCAAAAAAGAAUCAGUAAAGGAAUAUCCCGGGAAGUUGUCAAGAAAAGGUACGAUUCCUUGACCCAUAAAAUGAAGACACCGGAAGAUUGCCGCAGGCUAUUGUCAACAGCAAAAGGCACAUUUUUGAAAGCCCUGGAUGCUGCUCAAAAGGACGAGACAGAUGAUCAGGUUAAAUUUGAGAUCGUCCAUUACCUGGAGGCGUUGCUGGUUCUGAAAAACUUGCAGAGACCAGGGGUUGUACAGAACAUGACAAACACUGAAUGGAAAAACAGAAUUCACCACAGAUACACCAGCGGUAAUACGCAGAUACGUUUAACUAUCAUUGGCGUGGCAGAGCACAAGACAGCAACACAACAAGUGGCUGCAUUUGCCUUGACAGAAGAGGAAGAAAAGUGGUUCGACGUGUAUUAUCGUCACAUAAGACCGAGACUGGUGCGUGACAACUCCCCCACAGACAUCUUCUUAUCGUCAACUGGGAAGAAACUUCAUAGUGUUUCAAAUGACCUGUGGCGAUACCACCAAAGGUACAACAUUCCUAAUGUGUGCAGUCAGGAUGUGCGGCAAAUGUGUGAGACAUUUACUGUGUCACAAUACACGGACUCCGAGAGGCAUCGGUUUGCUAAGUAUUUGGCACAUACCAAUGCGACAGCAGAGAGGAACUACCGGGAGAAAACUCUAGAUGACAUAUGCCACGCAUACCUGCUGGUCUCUGGGGCAGGUGCAAGCAGCAGUCAUGAGAGUCAAGCAGGCACCUCAAGAAGCAUAGAAACCCCAACUGCGGUUGAAAAACCUCCCACACCAUCUUUCGAAAGUGGAGGUAAACCAGUGGAAAACCAGCAGGAAGUCCAAAGUCGACCAUGCACACCACCACUACCUUUGGAAGAUGAAAGUGACAAUGAGGACCCAAAGUACCACCAACAGGAAGACGAAAGUGAGGAAACAUCCACAUCUUCACAAACUCGAUCAGACCCAGAGGACUACCAACAGGAAGUUGAUAGUGAUGAACCAUGCACAUCCCGCUUAAGAAGAAGAUGUACAGAGGCUUUUGAAAUCGAAGCUGUAAGCAAAGAACCAGUCACGCCCCAUUCAAAAGAACCAGUCACGCCCCAUUCAAGAUGCAAAAGACGGAGAGAAACAGACCAAGAGGAGGAUGCAACUGAAGAACCUCAGAUGUCCAAGCCACAAACAAGAAGAUGUCCAGAAACACACCAACAGGAGGACACAAGUGAUGAACCGUGCACAUCUUCAGGAACUGAAUGGGACCCAGAGGACCACCAACAGGAAGUCGAAAGUGAGGAAAUGUGUGCCUCUUCACAGCCUGAAUCAGACCCAGAGGACUACCAACAGAAAGUAGAUAGAGAUGAACCGGGAACAUCCCAUUCAAGAAGAAGACGUACAGAGGCUUGUCCAAUGGAAGUAGCAACUAAAAAACCAAGCACGCCCCAUUCAAGAAGCAAAAGACGGAGAGAAACAGACCAAGAGGAGGAUGCAACUGAAGAACCUCAGGUGUUCCAGCAACAAACCAGAAGAAGUCCAGAAACACACCAACAGAAGGAAGCGAAAGAAUUACUUCGCACAUCCUGUAAACACAAAAAAGUCGUGAUCAAGGCAGGCCUUUCAAGAGAAGAUCUGUUCAGUGUAAUUGCAAAGGAGAUAUUCCCAAUAAGAAUAAAUAGUGAUCCUCCAGACUUAAAAAAAUGGAGGGAUCUUUCUCCAGAGCAUUGGUUAUACCUGUCUGACCGAUGGAGAAAAUCUCAAAAUUUAAUGCGAAGGAACUAUGUCGCCGAGCAUUUCCAGAAUCGGGAACAUUAUAAGGCACAGAUCAAAAGGUUUUUACAGAUGAUGCAGUGAAACGUCAACAUGCCAAGGAUACCCGAUAUUCUGAAGAAAAUAGCUUCAUUACGUUAAAAAAGGACAUGCUUCAAGAAAUAAGCAAAGACAGUAGUGAAGAGAUGGAAGCGACUGAAAGUAUGGAACAAUACUCUGACGUCACUUUUAAAAGAUAUGUACAUUUAUUAAUUUAUUAUUAAUUAUCUAUGCUUCCUCUGACCCAACAUCCCCCUCUCUCCCCCUCUCUCUCUCCCCCUCUCUCUCUCCCCCUCUCUCUCCACUGUUGAUUGGUCAGCAGAAAUGUAAGUAAUGUUAUUUUUUUUAGGUUUCAAGAAAUAAGCAAAGACAGUAGCGAAGAGAUGAAAGCGACUGAAAGUAUGGAAGAAAUUGACAAUGACAACACGUUAAAGAAUCAGUUUGGACCAGGGAAAACAUCUGAUCACCACAAGUCGGGACAAUAGUGAAGAGAUGGAAGAGACUGAAAACAUGGACACAUUUUGAUUGUAAAUAAUGACAACACGUUAAAGACUAAUUUUUUUCCAGGGACAUCAUCCGAUCGCCAUAAGUGGGGUCAGGGAGGAAUUUUUUUCUCCCAGCAUGAAUUAAAACAAGCUGGGUUUUUGUUUUCGCCUCCCUCUGGAACAGGGAAUAAAAUGUUAACUUGUCCUUAAAGUUUUUAAAUAAAUGAUUAUUUAAAAAA